AUGGACGAAGACACUCCGCUGGCAAACAAUUCCGCGUCAAAGUGCCGCCAGCCUACGCCUGUGAUGCAGAAUGACCACCACCCGUUUAAGCCCUACAAGAUUGCUCAUCGUCACGUUCAGCAGGCAUUGAAGUACUCCAGGCUUGGCAUCAAGUCAUACUAUUUGAGGAAGCUAAUGCAGCCAACGCCUGUGGUGUUCAUGAUGCGUCCCCGCGGAACAGGAACAUACUUUGCGAGACCAAAAAUUGUGGCUGGCAGAUUUCUACUACAUGAGCACUUCGUCUUCCAUGAAGAGACCAAAAUGUUCAAUAGCCGAGAUACAUCGAGCUUCCAUGGGUUUUGCCUUUGCCCGCAUAUUGGAUUUCAGCUUGAAUGCCUGUACGCUAGGACAGGGUUACGCGGUUCGAUGAGGAAUCGUCAGGGCAAACUUGUGCCGACAGACGGCGGACUUUAUUCCUCUUUGAUUCAAGCAACAGGGCCAUUUGUUGGCAUGGAGAUUCUAGGGGGUUGUCAUCAGUGUCUAACCGAUCACACUGUGUGCGCUUACCCAGAUGGCAAUGACAUAACGAUGAAUCUCUGGAGAGAUUUUGGACCUUUCGGGUCAUCCGAUAACCCUGUCUGGAUAAGCCACGUGUAUGAUCCCUUUAUGGAUCCGAUCUAUAUCUGGGAUCGUCCGAUAGGGACGGUGCGUGCCAUGUACAAUACGAAAAGUCAGCAGAUCGCGCGCCGUUUGGCUGAGUACACAGAACAAUGGAUUGAAAUUGACCUUGGGAUUUCGUCACCCCUAUGA